CAUAUGAUCAAAAUGGAAGCCACAGAUCGGAUGUUCAACCGCCGCCCUAUGCACGAAGGCCGGCCACUGAUCGGGCUUCAGAAAAAAUCAACAGAAACGAAGCAUGCUACGAAUCAAAUACCCGAUUUAACCAAUUUAAUGAACGACAUGUUCUUUGGUACAACAAACGGCAAAGAUGAGAAGAAAGUAGGAUUAGCGGUCCGCGACCGCUGUGGCGAUGAUUUUGAUUCGAGCACAAGGAGCGUGAGCAGCAGGCAGACUCAGGAGUGGUUGGAGGAGGCCAAGAGGAUGGUGGCCUCCUCCCCCUCCAGAGGAGGUGAUUCUCCCUCGCGACUCGUCUCCUCACCGAGAUUUGCCUCGUCGCAAGGCCGGCUUUCCUCGUCAUCUAUUAUUGAUAGAAGAGAUCCUUUCUCCAGAUCCGCUAGAAGGCACAGAGCAGGCCAAGGAAUAAGUGGGGAGAUUCUUUCCAGAACAGCAGCAAAUCAUACCCGAAACAGAUCCGAAUCCAAUUUGGAUCCUCCGCAACCCGAUUCGGAGCCAUCAUCCCCUGCAGCCGACCUCAACAGCCCAAACAACAACCUAGGGGCCCCACCCCUCCCUCCCCGCCAAUCAUUCCACCGCAGAACCCGGUUCCAAACCGAACCAAGAUCACCGCUGUCACACCCAAUCACAACCAACCCUCCCGCCAAUUCCAUUUCCAUUUCCAAACGAACUUUCAAAAACACCUCUCCAAAUACCAAUCAACAACUGCUCUCCCCGCCAAAGAACCUCGUCGAGUCGGCCCACCGGAGGUCACUGUCGUCGAGCACGUGCUCCGUGCCAGGCUCUGGCCUCCUCUCCCCGCCUCGGAACUUGGUGGAGUCGGCCCACCGGAGAUCCAUAUCCUCAUCCACCUGCAGAAACGACAAGAUCUUUCAAGAGGACAAUGUAGACAAUGGGCUAGCCAAAACAAAAGUUUCAAUGGAUCAAGAACCGAACACCUCCUCGAAGGAUCAUGAUUUCAAUAGCUUCUUGAAAGAUCAAAGACUCAAAAUUGAGAUGCUUAUGAAUGGAGAGAUCAAUGGAAAGGCCAAGAUUGUGCUUUCUGGCCCCUCAAAUAGUACAAGUUCAAUGGUUGCAGCCACAUGCUACGCGUGGCUGCUGGAGAACAAAAACGUCGCUAGCAGGAAGGAGGCAGCGCGAAACGACAAUUUUGUCGAGUUUGUUGUGCCUGUUAUGAACAUGAGGAGAGGGAAAAUGUGGAAGCAGCGCCAAGCAGCUUGGCUUUUCAAUCAUGCUGGACUUGAUGCUUCUUCUCUGCUCUUUUCCAAUGAGGUCGACUUGGAGACGCUGAUGAUGGAAAUGCAGCUGAGCAUUCUAGUAAUUGGAGAAGACAUCCUCAAGACAAAUGGCGAGGUGGGCUCGGCGUGUACUGUUCUAACUGAUAACUACUGUGAGGAUGCAUAUGACCUCCUUCAGACACCAAUGUUGAAGAAGCUACUGAUGGCAGGUAUUCUGUUGGACACACAAAACUUGAGCCCUUCUCCCAAACUGUCAAUGACUAGAGAUGCUGAGGCAGUUCAGCUUCUAUCAGUUUCCUCUACACCCAACUAUAGGAAUACUCUUUUUGAUCACUUGUUUCAAGAUCACAGAGAAGCAGAUUUCUAUGAAGUUAUGUGUAGGGUUUAUGGUAAACCACCCAAUGAAAUUGAUUGGAAAAAUGAAUCACCAAGGGAGCGUAAAACAACCUCGGAGAAGAUCUCCCCUAACAAAUUGAUUGGACAAAGUGAUGAUCAUAAGAACAGGGAUGCAACAAAUGACACAAGAAUGAAGAAAGUCUCACCUGUUUCAGGCAAACCGACAGUGUCGCCUCCGGUCCAGAAUCCAAUCAAUGAACAAACAAAAUCGAACGAGGCCAAUCGUGGCAAGAACAGAAACUUUUUUGCUAGACUAUUUGGCUUCGGUUCAAAGUAGUUCAAGAAUGUGGAUUUUGUCUAGUGCAUUGAGGCUCUAUAAUUGGACCCUCCAUACUUAUUUGGAGUGUUCUAAGUUUUUUCUUGAAUAUUUUUUUGUUUUUGGAAUCAGACAAUAACCUAAGAAAUGAGUUUUCCAAA